GCUACCUCCAAGAACACUAUUGUGCGAGGGAUUCAUUGAUCCUGACACCCUCAUGAAGCCAGACCUUUAGGCUUGCUUGCAUCCAGCAGAAGUGUUUCCUUCUGGCCCUUUGAACGAACCCCCCUCCCCUGCUGGAGAGACCGAGCACUCUUGGACAUCACGGAGGGAAAAAGGAAAAGAUGGCGGCCGCAGUAGAGGAACACACGCCGCUCCAGUCGUAUGUCGGCUUCGACUCGAUCACUAAGCAGAUCGAGUCCAAGCUGCUCAAGAGGGGCUUCCAGUUCAACGUCAUGGUCGUUGGCCAGACCGGGCUCGGCAAGUCGACGUUGAUCAACACACUCUUUGCCAGCCACCUGAUCGACUCUAAGGGUCGUCUCGAGGCGUACGAGAGCCCUCGCAGCACCACUGAGAUCCAUCCCAUCAGCCAUUUGAUCGUCGAGAAUGGCGUCAAGCUCCGCUUAAACAUUGUCGACACACCAGGCUAUGGCGACCAGGUUAACAACGAGAACUGCUGGGACCCGAUCAUCAAAUACAUCAAGGACCAGCACAGCGCCUACCUCCGAAAGGAGCUCACUGCUAUGCGUGAGAGGUACAUUACCGAUACCCGCAUCCACUGCUGCCUCUUCUUUAUCAACCCAACUGGCCACGGGCUUCGACCGAUCGACACGUUGGUCAUGAAGAAGCUCUCCGACGUCGUCAAUGUCGUGCCCAUCAUUGCUAAGUCGGACAGUUUGACAUUGGAGGAGCGGGAUCUCUUCAAGGAGCGGAUCCGUGCCGAGAUGCAGUACAACAAUAUUCGCCUCUACCCCUUUGACAGCGAGGAACACGAGGAGGAGGAGCGCGAGCUGAACGACCGCAUCCGCUCGCUCAUCCCGCUGGCUGUCAUUGGCUCGGAGCGCAGUGUCGUCAUCGAUGGUAAGGCCGUGCGCGGGCGCAAGAGCCGCUACGGCAUCGUCAAUGUCGAGAACGAGAGCCACUGCGAGUUUGUCUACCUUCGCAAUUUCCUCACGAGGACCCACCUGCAAGACCUCAUCGAGACAACCGCGCAGAUCCACUACGAAGCGUUCCGGUCCAAGCAGCUGCUCGCGCUCAAAGAGUCGAGCACAAAGCAGCAACAGCAGGCGCAAGGCCACGCUUGAGCUCCGAUCCCUGAUCAACUCGGCGCCCGUGCGCAUCGAUUAGCUUGUUUCCAUUCGCUUGGGCGCGAAUGCGCCCAACUCAAAGCGUAGCUAUGCGCGAUUGCAUGGAAGUAUGUGUGUAAGGAGUUGGAAUGAAUUGCGAUUCCGGAUAUACAAUAA